AUUUCUCCAGUGCUAGGAGUGCAGUUAUUUCUGUACCAGACUCAGCGGAUCCAGUCUGUUGAAGUUAGUGACACCGCAAAGAUCCACUGUUCUUCCACAGAAAACUUGGAAGGAGGAAGUAGCAUAUUAUGGUAUUUGAGAAGAGAAGGUGAGACACCCACCUGCAUUAAGAGCUGUUUGGAUGAUCAAAAUGUAAGUAAAUUUGCUUGCAAACACGAGACACACAGCUCGACACUGGAAAUCAGCAAUGUCCAAAAGACUGAGACUGGCAUUUACUACUGUGCAGUUAGAAUUACCAGCUACCUGCUUUUCGGGAAUGGAACCACACUGAUUGUUGGAGACAGUUUUACCAACACCAGCUGGGUGAUGCUUCUGGUCCCAUUUCCACGUGACAGUCAAGUCACUAGGACAGCGAAUCUGGCUUGUGUGAUCCAUGGAGUGUCCAGCCCAGUCCAUGUUUCCUGGAGUGUUUCUGGGGAGCUGCAGGAACAGGGGCUGACACGCUCAUUGAAAGCAAAGGAUGGAUCUUUAACCCUCAUAAAUCACAUCAGCGUCCCCAUGGACACCUGGACCAGUGGGAAGAAUUUCACCUGUGAAGUCAAAUUCAACUCUUCCGGCAACAGUGUGAAGAAAAGUACCAGGUAUCCUGCAGCCACCUCCACAGCCCAUGCCAGUAGUUGCCUACCUUCCAUUGUGUCCCUGGCGGUGCUGAGCGCCCUGAUGCUGUUGAUGGUGUCUCUGAGUCUCAUCUGGACCCUCUGCCCUUCCAGGCUAGGAUUCCAGCCCAGGAGCUCAGCACCUCCAGCUUCGCAGGAGAACCAGGGUGGAAUCUUAUACGCUCAUCUGGAUUUCGAUUCACGGAAUCGCGACGGGCGCACGAUGCAGCCAUCAGCCAGAGGGAAACAUGUAAAACCUUAAACUGUCUAAUGCAGGGGAAUCCACACAUAGGAACUCACUGUUCUCUGCUGAUCUCAGUGGGGUUAGCCAACCUAUAAUAAAGCUCUUUCUGGCUGUA